AUAGGAACCAGUUGGUAUUCUGAAACCGCUCUGUACGUGCCUGAAUGAAUGUUGGCUGCUUCCUGCCCCGGAUUCCACCCCCAUCUAUAUAUAGAGCGAUACGUAGUGGUUAUGCCCUGCACGGUUAGCUUUUCAAGAAGGCCACAUUCAUUCUAUCGCAUAGCAGGUGCUGUUGUCAUCGCGCGGAGGGGAGGUUCCACGUGAUCCCGUUUCUCGGUCGCUUACUCUGUGCUAUGCUGACAUAAGCGGCCCAGGGUCCACAGGAAAUUUUCGCCUUCUAUCCCACAACCAUCACAACGGCCAAGCGUGAAACUUCUGCCCGUCGAGACCCCCGACCCUCUACCCGCUAUCAUCAUCGGGAAAGGCCCUGCACUCGUCUGUGCAUCGUUGAGGCCUACAUCAACCCAAUUUCGUCGAGGAACUGCGUCCAUCGAAACGCAAACGAGCCCAACCUUCCUCGAGUGGCCAGAUUAUCCUCAGUCUUCUUAAGUCAGGGAGAGGUUGCCCAGCAUGCCGCCUAUACCUCACGUUAGACCUGAGAAUGUUCUCAGGCGAGCCGAAGAGCUCAUUGCCGUGGGCCAGCCCGCCGCAGCCUUGUCCGUCCUUCACGAACAUGUCACCUCGAAAAGAUCUCGCAGCAGCCCAAUUGCAUCUCUUGAACCGGUGAUGCUUCUUUUCGUUGAACUAUGCGUCGACUUAAGGAAAGGGAAAUCUGCGAAAGAUGGCUUGUAUCAAUAUAAGAAUAUUGCGCAAAAUACAAACGUGGGAACCAUUGAGAUGGUUUUGAAAAAAUUCAUUGAGCUUGCUGAACAAAAAGUCACCGAAGCCCAAGCCAAAGCUGAUGAGAUCCAAUCCUCACUCGAAUCAGCUGCCCCAACUUCCAAUGUCGAGGAUCUUGAUGCUAUUGAGACUCCAGAGACAAUUCUUCUUGCCACGGUAUCGGGUGAACAGUCUCGCGACCGCACGGACCGGGCCGUUGUUACCCCGUGGUUGAAAUUUCUCUGGGAGACUUACAGAACCGUCCUAGAAAUCCUGAAAAACAAUGCGCGACUCGAGGUCAUGUAUCAGGCCACCGCUCUACAGGCUUUCCAAUUUUGCUUGAAAUACACCCGCAAGACUGAAUUCCGUCGCUUGUGUGAGCUCCUCAGAAACCACGUUCAAAAUGCUGCCAAGUACUCAGCUCAGAUGCACGCCAUCAACCUAAGCGAUCCAGACACACUUCAGCGCCAUCUGGAUACACGCUUCCAGCAGUUGAAUGUUGCGGUCGAGUUGGAACUCUGGCAGGAGGGCUUCCGCAGUGUUGAAGAUAUCCACACUCUCCUUAACCUUAGCAAGCGACAGCCCAAGAAUAUCAUGAUGGCAAACUACUAUGAGAAGCUUACAAAGAUCUUUAUGGUCAGCGACAAUUACCUGUUCCAUGCUGCUGCCUGGAACCGCUACUAUAACCUGUUGCGACAAUCCGCCAUCGCCCUUGCUGCAGGACAGGGAUCUAAGAAGGAUAGCCCAUCAGUUACCGAAGCCGAUAUGACCAAAGCCGCUUCUUUCGUCCUCCUUUCAGCCCUUUCAAUCCCUGUCAUCAGUACUUCGCGAUCCCGUGGUGCCUUGGUCGACGUAGAUGAGGUGCGAAAGAACAAGAAUACCCGCCUCACCAACCUUCUGGGCAUGCCUCAGCCCCCCACUCGAGCGUCAUUAUUCAAGGACGCUCUUAACAAGGGCCUCCUUAGCCGCUGCCGCCCUGAAAUCCGGGAUCUUUACAAUAUCCUCGAGGUCGACUUCCAUCCUUUGUCGAUUUGCAAGAAGAUCUCUCCUAUUCUCAAGGAAAUCGGCGCCGAUCCUGAGAUGGAGAAGUACGUUUUGCCCUUGCAGCAAGUUAUCCUUACUAGGCUGUUCCAACAAUUGUCUCAAGUUUAUGAAUCUGUUGAGCUUAAAUUCGUCCAUGAACUUGCGCAUUUCCCAGAGCCUUUCCAAGUCACCUCGUCCAUGAUUGAGAAAUUCAUCAUGAAUGGCUGCAAGAAGGGAGAUUUGGCAAUUCGUGUUGAUCACGUGUCAGGUGUUUUGACGUUCGAAUCGGAUAUUUUCUCUUCUGCUAAGGCUCUUCACCCAGGAAGUGCCGCUGGGUCUGCCGAAAGUGAAGUUGGUUCUGUCCAACGUCUGCAAAGCACUCCAGCAGAGAUUGCCAGAUCUCAACUUGCCCGCUUGGCUAAAACUCUUCACGUUACCUGCAUGUAUGUUGACCCAUCCUACAAUCAAGCACGGAUCAAGGCCAAGGAAGCUGCACAUGCAAGAGCUCGCGCAGGAGCAGCAAAAGAGCACGAGGAGACGCUCACUCGCCGUGCCAUCAUUGAGAAGCGGAAGGAGGCAUUGUCAGAUGCCUUACAGAAGAAGCAGCGUGAAGAAGAGAAUCGAAAGCGUGCGCGCAACCAACAGCUUCAAGAGGCUGAGCAACAGCGUCUUUUGGAUGAGCAUCGUGAACGUGAGCGCAAGAGAAUGAAGGAUGAACAGGAUCGUAUUCGCCAGCAAGAAUUGAAGAAGCAAUUGGAGGAGCUCAAGACCGGGGUCAAGGGGAUUGACGUGAACCAGAUCGACCUUGAAGAACUCGACUCCAAUCGCCUUCGUGCCAUUAAACUCGCCCAACUCGAGAAGGAAAAGAAUGAUCUAAAUGAGAAGAUCAGAAUUACUUCCAAGCGCAUCGAUCACUUGGAGCGAGCUUUCCGCCGAGAAGAACUGAAACAUUUGCCGGAAGAUUACGAAACACAGAAGAAACAAGACCUCGAAACUUACGAGCAAACCAAGGAAGAGACUUUGAAAGCAGCUCGUCAGAAGCACAAGGAAGACGUCGCACUUAAGCACCGCCUGAGUCGCUUGGUGCCAUACUUCAAUGACUUCAAGAAGAGUGUGACGGAGAAGAGACAUGAAGAGUUCGAGCGCCGUCGCAAGGCUGCUGACAGAGAAUUUGAGCAGAAGAAGAAACAACGUAUCAAGGAGGUUCACGAACGCAUUCGACGUGAAAGGGCGGAACGCGAGGCGGAGGAGCAGAGAAGACGCGAAGAAGAAGAGCGUAUUGCGCGCGAAGAGCAAGAGAGAAUCGCCAAGGAAGAGGAGAGGCGACGCGCUUUGGCAGAAGAGAAGGCUGCUAGGGAAGAACAAAGAAGAAAACUUGAUGAGCAGGCUAUCCGUCAAAGGCAGCGUGAGGAGGAGGCUGAGCAGCGACGAGCUGCCCGAAAGGCUGGCCUUGCAGAACCGAGAGGCCCAGCGCGCGAAGCAUCUCCCGAACGAACUGCACCGCGUCUUAACCUUGCUGGCCGAACUGGAACUUCAUGGAGAGAUCGUCAAGCCGCCAAAGCUGCUGCCAGUGCCGGCGAGCAACCGGCCGCAGCCCAAGAGGCCGCGCCAGCACCCCCCGCGAAAACGGGCAGCUACCUCCCUCCACAUUUACGGGCAACCCGCGACGGGCCUUCUGAUAGCCGUGAUCUUUCCCAUGCUCGGGAAUCCGCUGCUCCGCCUAGACAAUUUUCUAGAAGCCCUGUGCCUCCGUCUGGCGCUCCCUCUUCCCAGGAAAAGCCUGGCCCAUGGAGACCAAGAUUCAAACAACAGCAGUAGGUGCUACGUAAGUACGGUUAGUGGGUUGGUAUAGUAUCGGUGGAGGUUUAGGGAAACGUCUUGAUCUCUUUGCAUCACGUUAUGAUCCCUACUUUUGGAGAGUUCCGUUUAACUACAUAUAUUCGGUGGCUUCCUACCUAUCUAUGUUUCGUCCUCUUUGGCCCUCUAUCCCUUCCGAGAAUUCGGUCAGGGUGAUUGAUUUCCAUGCUUUAUUUUGCAGAUCAAAAGUGCAUAUUGCUUGUGCUUUAAAUUCAAUUUAAUAUCCAAAUUCUAUCCCUUUCCCUCUUCUCGGCUCUUGUGCCGUUGUUUCCCUUACCUCAGCACCGUUCGCAUGUCAGCAUUUUACAAGGCUUCUUCAGAGCAUGUACGCAUAUGUAUGAUGCUUUAUGUAUGAGGCAUGUUUUCUUGCAUAGGCCCAUCCCCCCAUCUCCCCAAGCCUGUCGUGUUUGUUUCAUGCGUGGUCCAGUUACUUGUUUUCGGAAUAGUUUGGGAAGAAGAGUGUGAUGACGAUGGAUGAUGAUUGAGGCAUGGAGGGUUUCCUUUUGUUUUGUUUUGCCCUGGAUUUGCAGUUUGCCUUGAAGUUUUCUUCAUUAUGGCCCAAGUUUUUAUGUAGAAUGAAGAGAAUGAGAAAUGAGUUUUUAUUCAGGA